UUGGUCUCUGGCUUUCUGUCAGAUUCAAAGUAAUAGAAGAGUCGGAGAAAGCUGAGAGCGGUGAGUCGAAACACUCAGGAGACACACAGGAGAGUUUGGGAGGCGAUACAGCAGUAUCAAGCCAAAGACAAGAGGAUGCAAACUAGACGACAUAUGAGGAUGGCUCUUAUGAGACUUCAUGGGAUUUACCUGAAGCAGCAGCACAAUGAGCCUGCAGUGGCACAAAGUGUAGAGGAGGAGGGCAGAGAUGUACAGGAUGCACUGAUGCAAUGCUGGGGGCUGGUCCAUGGCUGUGAGUCGACUGGAUGUAUUUUACAGAAGACUGCUCCUCACCAAACUCUUCAUUGGGGGAUGGGGAAAGCCUGAAGACCUCAAGAGAAUCUUUGAGUUUCGUAAGAUCAUUGGAGACAGAGAGAAGUGCAAAUCUCUGGUACCUAUGGACUAUCCAGUUUACAUAAACAAGACAGAGGAUCUCACUGACUGUAAGGUCCAUGAUGGGUUCUUUAUGUCUCCUCUGGAACACUUAGUUCCUGGAAUCCUGCCACCAGAAGCUGUUAAAGCCAGGUUCCAGUUUAUAGUUCCCAAGAAGUGGCAGAGGAACAGACCAGUAUGCAUCCACUUAGCUGGGACUGGAGACCAUUUUUUCUGGCGUCGCCGGACCCUGAUGGCCAGGCCCAUGAUCAAAGAGGCAGGAAUGGCUUCACUGCUUCUGGAGAACCCUUAUUAUGGCUAUCGUAAGCCCAAAGACCAAUUGCGCUCCAGUCUAAAGAAUGUUUCAGACCUAUUUGUGAUGGGAGGGGCUUUGAUUCUGGAGUCAACAGUUCUUCUCCGUUGGCUGGAGAGAGACGGAUACUGGCCACUUGGAAUGACUGGCAUCUCCAUGGGAGGAUAUAUGGCGUCCCUGGCAGUGACUAACUGGCCAAAGCCCAUCCCUUUGAUUCCAUGUUUGUCCUGGUCAACUGCCUCGAGUGUAUUCACCACGGGUGUGCUGAGUAAAGCAGUGAACUGGACAGAGCUGGAGAAGCAGUAUGCAGUUAAUUCAGUGUAUGAAGAAGAGAUCAUUAAGCUGUUGGAGUACUGUGGGGCUGAUUCCUUUAAGAUGGUGCCCGGCCUUCUGAAAAAUGUGAACUCUUUAGACCAUCUGCUAAGCCUGUCUGGAGAUCAUGAAGUAUCAGUUAGUCAAUAUUCCAAAACACAAAUGGAAGCAGAGGUUCGUGGAGGCCUUGAAGGAUGCAGGGCUGGAGAGAGAGAACAAGAAUCAUCAUCAUUGAACAGCAGUGGAACAAGCUUGGACACUGUAACAAGAAACUGUGGUGCACAUAACUCACACUGGAAAAAGACUGAUUCAGCCAAACUUAAUCGGCCAUCAUUACAUAAAGAGUCAAUAAGCUUCAUGAAGGGAGUGAUGGAUGAAUGUACACACAUGGCCAACUUCUCGGUUCCUGUAGACACUAGUCUCAUCAUUGUGGUCCAAGCUAAAGAGGAUGCCUAUAUUCCUCGAACAGGCGUCCUCAGUCUGCAAGAGAUCUGGCCGGAAUGUGAAGUCAGAUAUCUGAAUGGAGGGCACAUCAGUGCAUACCUGUUUAAACAGAAUGUCUUCAGACAGGCCAUAUAUGAUGCAUUUAACAGAUUCUGCCUGAAGUAUCCCAACCUGCAUUAGCCAUGGGAUGCUGAAGCUCUUUGCUUCCUGUGUGAGCACCAGGACCCAGUGGCUGUACUUAAGAAAAAAGCAAUGUCUCGAAGCUUAAGUAUAUAGUAUAGCAGUGUACAGAUGUCUUUUUCUGUGAAAAGACACAUCUGAGACUUACAGAUUGUCCAUAAUUAGGUGUCAAUUGAGCACAAUCACUUUGUCAUUAUUUGUAAUUUCUACUGUUUCCUGCUUCUACAAGGGAAGUGUGUGCCCUGGUGCACCAAGAAAAAUUUAGGUGACUGAAACUAUAGCAGUAUCUAAAAUGCUGUAUCAUGUUCCUUGCCGGUCUGUAGGUGUGAAAGGAAUACUCAGGACUGAUUUCACUUUGAUAAACUGGUGGUAACUGACAAUAUCAGUGUUUUUUUCUCCUCUUUUUAUUUGCUCCUCAUGACCAGACUUGGCAUGUUUCUCGAUAUUUUGCGACUCUCCCUUACUAUGAAAACCUGCAUUUAUUGUAUACACACACACACACACAUACACCUGUAUUAUUCUGAAUGAUACAGUAUAUGAUGAAAAACGAGUAAAGACAGCCUGCUCUAACCACAGUGGCCCAUGGCUCGGGUGGUAGAGCAGAUUGCCCACUAAUUGCAAGGUUGGCAGUUCAGUCCCCUCCACAUGUCAAUCAAAGUGUCCUUGGGCAAGACACUCAAACACAAAUUGCUCCCAAUGGCAAGCAAGCACUUUGCAUGGCAGCUUUGUUGGCACUGGUGUGUGAAUGUGUUUGUGAAUAGGAAACAUUGUGAGACCAUUUUUCCUAAAAAUAACUAGUUUUAUUCUUCUGUUUCUUUUCAACAUUGAGUCGUGGUCAGUGUUAUUUGCCUUUUUUGACAGGAAUUUACUGGAAAAGACUUGGUUGUCAAAAUGUCAAGUCAGUAUUUAGUCGCUGCAGUUAUAACCCUUUUCAAGUUCAGCCACAAAUUCUCAAUUGGAUUGACCACUGAACAAUUGUUCGGCUACUCCAGAAAAGUCACCUUGUUGUCUUUAAACCAUUUCUGUGUAGGUUUGACUGUAUGCAUCAAGUAAUUGUCUGCUAGAAAAGAGAUCUUCUCCUAAAUCAAUCCUAAGUCUUCCAAAUCACAGUUGUCUUGCAGACUGCAUUCAGGAUGUCAUUCAGGAUUUCUUUAUAGUUUGCUGCAUUCUUCUCCCCAUAGCUUUACCAGCCUACCCAAACCUGCUGCCAAGAAAGAUUCCCAUAUCUUGAUGCUUCACAGUUGGGAAGGUGUGUUUGUGAUGACGUGCAGUGUUUGUUGUCUGCCAAACAUAGUGCCUAGUCUGAUGACCAAAAAGCUCAGUUUUGAUCUCAGCACACCAAAUAAUCUUCUUUCAGUUGAUGCUUGCCUUCCAGUAAAGAUGAAUUUGUUUUUAAUUAGCUUUUUUCAACAGUGGCUUUCUCUUUGCCCCUCUCCCAUAAAGCUUUAACUGAGAAGAACCCAGGCAACAGUUGUUGUAUGAACAGUCUCUCUCAUCCAAGCCCCAGAAUCUUGUUACUCCUCAAGGGGAGAACCGAGAGGUGUCUUGGUGUCCUUCCUCUCUAGCCACUAGGAUAGCGUGCUAUUGGCUGACUUACGCGUGUGCCAUUUUCCUUCCAUUUCGUCAUGAUGGAUCCAGCUGUACUCCAAGGGAUAUUCAGUGAGUUGGACAUUUUCUUGUAACGUUACCCUGAAAUAUGCGUUGAAAUACCUCUUACAUUGUUGGGAAAUUUUUCAUGAUGCAUGCAGGUGAACCCCAUUUAAUUCAUUUUGUGACCUCUGGAACUAAUGGGAUGCACCUGUGUUAAUUCUCCUUUCAUUCUGAAAUUAAGGAGCCUUGUAAAUUCUUGUCAAAAAAGUCUAAACUGACCAUGAUUCAGUGUUGAAAAGCAAUACUAGAAGAAAACUUCCAAAAGGAGUGAAUAUUUUUUAUAGGCAUUAUAAGUGCCAACUAUUUACAAAGUUUGGCAAAAUACUUAUGGAGAAAUAUAUCAACUUCUUUGAAAAGUAUAGUUUAAUCACUCUUUCCUGCUGAGUUUGGAAAACUACUCUUGACAGCAUGAAAUCAGAUAGUGGUUGCAAAAUGGCUGUGUGGCUGCACUGUAAACAGAUACACCAGUUGAUCCUAUUUUGUAUUUCUGGCAAAGUGUUAAACCACUAUGGCAGCCAAAGGUAUCAUCCAGUUAACCAGGGUUGAGUUCUUAAGAGGUACAACUUUGACAGUGUAGGCAAUACAUAGUUUUUUCUUUGAGACAGCAAAAUGACAAGUAAUUGUAACAUCUGACAUAUUGUUACCUUCUGAACUUCUUAGAAGAUUUAGCUUUCCAGACUUCUCUAGCUGUAUGCAAACCUUUUUAAUUUUUUUAUUUAUUAUUAAUUUGAGCUGGCACAGGCUCCAGCCCUGAAAAUUGCUGCCUUCUACUGGAAAUGAGCUAGAUUGGGGAGUUUAGAUUAAAAGAAAGCUAAAGGAGCCUGAAUUUUGGUAUUUCAUUAUCAUGAAUCCAUUUUUAUGAAACAUAGUUCCACUAUUAAAAGAAGCAUUGAUUAGUGUGUGCAGAGGACGACUGAUCACAGUACUAUUUUGUUAAACUGCAUCACGAUUCAUAAAAUCUCUAGCAGAUCUUUUAGCCACAGCAGUAAAAAGAACAAUGUAUGUAAUAUGUGAUGAGAUGACCUUCUUUUCCUACUGUCCUCCUUCAUCUCAAAAGUUUUGUUUUAAGCUUUAACAUUUAUUGUGUAAAUUUCAUGAUUUCUCUUAUUUUAAAAAAAAAGUCUAACCUACUGAGUGACAUGGGAGCUUUGAUUGAUUGGUUUUAGGAUUCACCUUGUCGAUUUCACACUGCUUUGACAUGUUUCAGAUAAAGUGAUUUUCAGAAUGAAAACUGUGAAACCAGAAACAAAGAAGUUAUUAGAUUUUUAAAAAUAAAUUAAUAUUUAUUACAUUUUGAGAUUUUACUUUAUUUUUUAAGAAGAAUUUACCAUUAUGUUUUUAAAUUCAAGUUUCAUUAUUGCUCUUAAGUGUAGCAAGAUACAAUUUGAACUUCUACAGUAUAUCAUCUCACAAUUGCUGUGAAAGUGGCAAAAAUUGAUGCAGGCUAGAUGUGCACAUUAUGGUUUACACAACUCAAUCAAGUAUAUUUCUAAAUAAAUGGAAGCCACUGGCAAUUAGCUGUGGUGUAAUCAAAGUGCAAUUGUUUUGUAGAAUAUUGGAUAAAGCACCACACAGCCACUAGUAUUAAUUAUUCUAGCAUUUAGUACACUGUUUAUCAACAAACACUAUUUAAUAUUUACCCUUUUCGCAGCAGACAGUUUGGCAUGUCAUAGCAAAACAAACACAAUUAGUACUAUGCUUAGCUCCAGCAAGUGUAUCAGUAAUCCAUUUGAGUGUGGUUUGCACUUAAUGAUUCAGAAAUUUUCCUUCAGCAUAUAAGUAAUCUGGUGUAUCUGUACAUCCAUAGGCAAACGGCAGAAUAAUAAGUUCAGCAUUGCAUUUAAUGUUGCCAGUGUCACAAAAUAUUAAUAGACUAAAAAUAAGAAUAGUAGUAUCUACUUCUUUCAAGUGUUUAAAAUAUGCUUCACUGCUUUCACAAUCUGUUAUCUAUUUGUUAACUGUGCCAUGUUGUGCUGUGUUCCAUUUCUAUAUUGUUGCUGACAUUUCAGCAAGCAGGUUGAUUUAUUCAUAUCUAUACAUAGGCAGCAUUUAAAGGAUGUGUCUAGUGACAUUUUUUCUGCUCAAUAGAAAAAUCUGUUCAUUGGACUUUAAAUGUAUGUUUUAAUGAGGUACACAGAUUUCUGUGAUUUUGAGUUGAUUUUAAAAGCCAACUACACUAAUGAAAUGGUGCUACAGAUAUAAUACACACUGCUGUACAAAUUGCACAUCUGUGUAAUGCAGUUUCUUGAGAAUUAAAAUCAAAUUAUGGUUGCAUUCUAUAAAACAAGAUUCAGAGCAAGCAACUAUACUAUGGUGUGUGUGUACAGAGAUGCACGGUGCAAGAAUGUUUGAGAAAAUCAUUUUACAAUCAGCAGUUGGUAUAGGAGGACUGACAGCAACAAAUAGCUCCUUCAGUUUUUCAAGGAUGUAUUUGCCAUCUGAAUCUCUCUUCUCUGUUGGCCCAAAUGACUGUGCAUGUGCUGUCUUUGUCAAAGUACUGGCACAGCGAUUAAACUGCAGUCUCCUUAUUCAUCACACUUGUGUCUUUGGACCAGUACUGUGCCUUCAACACCUCAGUAAAUUUCUUGUAUCAAGUUUUAUAUGUCCCUGUUGAGCCAAACCUAGGAAAAACUGCCCCCAGUUAAAGUCUCUCUGGUCACUGAUUUAACCCUUAAAAACUCUAUAUCUAUCAAAUUUAAAUUUUUUUUAAUUCUCCCUAUGAAAAUAAUCCCUUCCUUACUUAAAAUUGCUUAGAUGUAACUCUACACCAGUCCAAAAUGAAUCAUACCUAAAUAAAGUAAUUUGGAUUGAGUGAUUUUUAAUUAUUACAUUUUUUUUGCAUGAAUAGGUUUCUUUUGGCUGGAAAUUACAUAAAAGUGACAACGAAUAAUAAGACGUGUCAGAGAUGUUAAUGAUGAAUAUUAACUAUUUCAGUGUUGUUUUUUGUUAAAUCUUUCUAAAAAUGCAAUGUCCAAAAUUAUUCACCACAACUGCAGUGAAAUGGUUCUUAUGUUUGCUAACAAGCUUUUUGUAUGUGGGAUUGUGGGGUUUUGGACCAGUCCUCUUUUGCAACAAUCUUCAAGUCUUUGAGGUUGGAAGGCUUCCUUGCCUGUUUGUUGUGUUUUUUGUUAUUGUUGUUGUUGGUUGUUUAGUUUUUUGGUACCAUCAUGCAAGCUGUGUCAUUACUUUUUUUAAAAUCCAAAACAGGGCAUCCAAGCAAAUGCUUUUAAGACUUUAUUGUCUGAGAUGCAGCGUUACUUUUUUCAAUCCUUUGUCCAAUUUGCAUCCCUGUGUCAACAUCUUUAAUAGGUGUUUAUCUUUUUAUCUUUUCUCUUGUUUUCUCCCUGUGAUUAGGACAAAUCUAGAGAGAAUGGGCUUUCUGGGGAAGGUGACUCCCUUGCAGGCCAACAAAACCCCAUUAAAAGACUGACUAUUUCAAAAAACAAAAAAAAAAAAAGUAUGUACACGUGAUUGCAAACUGAAAUUGUAUUUGUUUUAAACAUGCAUGUUAAUGAAUAAACUUUUGCUGAAAAUUG